AGAGAGAGAGAGAGAGAGUAAACUCUGCAUUCAUCAGUCUAGCUCGGCCUUCUCCGUUCACUCCAACGCUCAAGUGGACUGGGUAUGAAGAUGACUGUUUAAUGUUGGGAUAACACAUAAGAGAAUAAAACUAAAAGCACACCGACUUCUUUCUUGUUCAGAACCAACAGAAAGGCGCCUCCAAAUCAUUUCUGGGGGUGACAUCUUCUGGUUUCUCCUCAGGAGGGAUAUGUGUUAGUCUUGAAGGAGUUUCAAAAGCAAGAACUGGAACUUACUGGAUUUUUAACUACUCAGGUAAUAGAUUAUUGACUGUUUCUAUGCUCCAAAUCUUGCCUUGUGAUAUUUCCCAAGCUUAGGGAAUGACGCUCUGCCUUUAGAGAUCGUGUAUGAACAGUGGUGGUGAGCGCCUGCGUGAGUCAAUCGCCUGCUAAUCAGGAACUUGUUACGGGACCUUUAGUGACCGCUAGUUUCCGGACACUGUGAUCUUUUGAUAGUUCUCAGCUGAAAGUGUGUACAAACAAUGGUUGAGGGUGUGGGUGAGCUCAUCGGCUUUUGCCUGGGAGUUCUGGGUCUGAUCGGCGCUUCAGCUGUAACGGGUCUCCCCAUGUGGAGAGUGACUGCAUUCAUCCAGGAGAACAUCAUUGUCAUGGAAACGCGUUGGGAAGGUUUAUGGAUGAACUGCUACCGCCAGGCCAAUAUCCGCAUGCAGUGCAAAGUGUACGACUCGUUGCUCUAUCUGCCUCCUGAGCUCCAGGCUUCCCGAGGUCUGAUGUGCUGUUCGGUGGCACUCGGCUUUCUGGGAUUGGUGGCAUCCUUGCCAGGCUUGAGUUGCAUCUCCUGUUUUCCUGAUCAACCACGAGUUAAAUCUCUCGUUAUCGCAAUCGCUGGCUCAAUGGAGAUCAUGGCUGCCAUUUGUGUCCUCAUUCCUGUGUCCUGGACGGCUCAUUCCAUCAUACGAGACUUUUAUAACCCGCUAUUACUCGAUGCUCAACGCAGGGAACUUGGUGAAGCUCUUUACAUUGGCUGGGUCACUGCAUUCAUCCUCUUUUGCUCUGGUGUUGUCUUCCUCGCGUGCCGGAGUUACCAAGAGAAUCGACCCUACCAUCCUGUUUACGCCCCGAAUAGAUUGACUAUGUCACAUUUCCAACCCCUCACGCCAACCCCAAGCUCAAUUAGCUCAAUUUCCCAUCAGCCUCUGCUUCAGACCCACAGCUUUUCUUCUCAGCAGCCUUCUCCUUUGGCUUAUAAUGUCCCUGCAGCACCCCCUGGUGGCCAAGCUCCACUCUACAAUGUUCCUGUGGUUUAUCCUGCUAACAUGGUACCUGUUCAGCACCAUCCAUCUCUGCACAGCACGCCCGACUCAGGGAUAAUCUCCAUACCAAUAAAUCCCCUCCAUUCAGGCACACACUCUGCCCAACCGAGUCUCCAAUCUAUACCUCCUGCUGCAGGGUAUGAUGGGAACUUCGGCACCGCUGUACAGCCCACUGUACCUCGUCCACCAAUGGUUGGGUACAAAUGGAGGGAAACCGGAUCGCACCAUCUCUCCAGUACACACUCGAGUUCAGGAAUGUACAUAUGAACACGGACAAUCUUUAAAGCAGUGUAAAUAUAUAUAUUCUGUAGAAAUAAUCAUGUAAUACUUUCUUAGUGUAAUACCACUAAGAAAUGCAUUAGCUAUCAAACACUAACCCAAAAAAAUCAUUAAAUCAAACUAUAAUCUAUUGGUUCUAUUCAGAGUCUGUGACUUUAGUCCAAAAAUUACAUCAUGCGAAGGAAACUUUUUCAUAUUCAUAGUCAGGUUACGCAGCUGAUCGAGUCAAUUUUCUGGGAUUUUUCUGGGAAAUGAUCCGUGUCUCAGAGGUUCCCAGUGUCUGAGACGGCAUUUUUCAAUAGCAUCUAGACCACUGCCUUUAAACACAAGCCCUUCCACUAAAGAUUCCCCCCACCCCUUCAAAAAAAAAAAAAUAAAAUAAAAAAAAUUCAGGGAUAGAAAAUAUGGACUGAAAAAGGCAAAUGUAUUUUUACCUUGCUGUCCUUAUUGUAAUUAUGACAUUAAUCACUGCAAAUUUAACAAAAUGGCUUCCAUCCUCGUUAUUCAGCAGCUUAUAAAAUAGCACUUGAUCCAGCACGUCCUAUUAUUAUACUGUCCAGCACUCUGACAGUUAUUUGUGCACAUGAGAUACUUAAUAAAUGUCAUGAAAUCAUAACGAGUGUACAGGAUGUAGACAAUUUUAUCACCCUCGUGUUCUAGACCUCACACUGAAUACGGCCCUAUAUGAAGAUUCUUUUCACACACUGUUCACAUCAUGUUUUCAAGUUGUUGUGAGACUAUAUAUUCCACACAGUAACACAUUACACUCCUAACACAUAGUAAAAAGUGUUGUCAUCUCAUAAUGAUGUCAAUUAUUAAUUAUUGUUAUUUAUAAUUAUUAAUUAUUCUUAUUGUGUUAUUUGUAAUCAUCUCUACCAAAUAAAAAGAACUCAGUGUUAUCGA